GAGACAGACAGAAGGAGGGAUGGUAUUUUGGACUGACAAACAGAAGAUGGACGUAGGACAGCGACAGGAUGGUGUCGAUAAUCAGUUCCGGAUGUCCAUCCUGGAGCGUCUGGAGCAGAUGGAGCGCAGGAUGGCAGAGAUGGCCGCCCGCGACAACAACCAGCAGCAACAUCAUCACCAGCAUCAGCACGGCAACCAGCUGGCCACGCCCCCUCCCCCACCUCUACCUGAGGACCAAGAACGGUCGUCUCAGUGGUUUGAGAGGAGGAUUGUGGGAGUCUGUGAGCGGAUGAUGAGAGGAGGACGGUGGGGAGGAGGAGGAGGAGAGAGGCUUCAUCACUCCGUCCGUCACCGCGGGAUGACGCUGCUCCACCUGGCUGCUGCUCAGGGAUACACACACCUGAUACACACUCUGAUCCACUGGAG